CUUUUUUCUCUUUUCUCUUCUCCUCUCUUCUCUUCAUAAGGUCCCUUGCUCUUUGACCUGUGCCUCCUUAUCCCCAUCUUCAUCCUCACUCUCCUCUCCUCCUUAUCUCUCUCUACACUGACAUAUCUCGAUAUACCUCUUUCCAUCUUUAACAUUAAAUCGCAUCCUAAUUCUCAAUUUAUACAUUCAUCCCACAUCUUUAUCUUUAUCUUUUUUAUUUAUUUAUUACUUUUGAACCAACAACGCACAAAUGGUAUCUACGCUUCGUCAGAGGCCAGGCAGAGCCCUUUCCUCUUCCGCCACUACCACUGCCUCUAGCCCAUUAGUAUCACAACAGCGUCCAGCUUCAUCUACUAAAUCUAAACUCGACGAUGAUGAUGGCCCUGAUGCAUAUAUUGAAGUGGAAUCCAAUCUCUUGCACAACAUGCAAGAUACUAUUGGGGAUUUGCAGGACACAAUUGGCGACUCUAUCUCUAAAACGAAUGAGACUGUCGCAGCAACUUGGCGAUCCACUAAAGCCUCUGCAAACGAGACCAUCCGGGUGGUAGAAAACCAAAUGAGCGAGACCUGGGAUGCUUCCAAGGCUGCUUUUGAAGGAGCAAAACGAUUGUUGCGGUUUGAGGAAUUACCAAAAGAAUGGCAGAGUAACCCAUACAUCUUGACAGGGUACCGUUUCUUGUCCUCAAAACGACAGUGCUUGUGGAGCAUCUUCAAGAUCCAUAAUGAAACCUGCAACAUCUGGACACAUAUGCUUGGUCUCUUUGGCCUCAUUGGCCUCGGUCUAUACAUCCAUACCACGUUCCUGCAACAUGGCUCACUCUGGGACCAUGCUGUCUUCCUCUUCUUCUUCCUCGCUGCUUCCAAAUGUCUCAUCUGCUCAACACUCUAUCACACGUUCCUUUGCCAUUCACGUCUACCAGUGAUGCGCUGUGCUGCCACACUGGAUUAUAUCGGCAUCGGUGUCCUCAUCACCGCCUCGGUCAUGGCUACUUUGCACUAUGGAUUCUUUUGUGACACAGAGCGCUGGAUCUUCUUGGCCUUUUCAUUCGGCAUGGGCAUUAUUGGUUGUAUCCUUCCCCUGUACCCGUUCUUUGAUCUACCGAGCUUCCGUUACUUCCGUAUCUUCAUCUUUGUGGGCAUGGCUUGCUCCGGAGUUGUACCCUUGAGCUACGUAGCCUACAUGAAGGGAUUCAUCAACACAUGGAACUUUAUUGCACCUUUCUUCAAGUCAGGAUUGGCUUAUGUCACAGGAUUGUUGUUUUAUGGACAUCGCUUCCCUGAGAAGCAGUUCCCAGGUCUGUUUGACCGAUGGGGUUCUUCUCAUCAAUUCUGGCAUGUGGCUGUUGUUGCAGGCAUCUAUUACCAUUACAUGGCCAUGGUCCAUUUCUACAACUCUCGAUUCACAUUUGGAUGCCAGGCUGUCUAUGGUGGAUAUGAACAUGAACAUCAUCAUCAAAUGAUGUAUGCUGGACAAGGUGGUCCUUCUGCAUCGUGGUUUCCAACUGCCACUCUAGCCCCCAGCGCUUAAAAAGGCACAAGAAAAAAGAAAAAAAAAAAAAAAAAAAAAA